AUGACCCUGCAACUGAAGACAACGCAUUCGAAAGAUGGGACAAAGAUUGCCUAUUAUCAAAUCGGCUCGGGUCCUGGUCUGAUCAUUCUUCACGGCGCCAUGCAGGCCGGCCUCAGCCAUAGUGAGCUUGCGACACAUCUCUCACAAUCCUUCACGUGCUAUCUACCGGACCGACGAGGACGCAACAAAUCCGGGCCCACGGGCGAGGACUAUUCAACACGGAAGGAGGUUCAAGAUGUCGAAUCGAUCCAUGUCAGCACGGGUGCGAAAUACAUCUUCGGCGUGAGCUCAGGGGCGUUUAUCACGUUGAAAGCAGCACUCGCUGCUCCGUCAUCUCACAUCGAGCGCAUCGCGGUCUUUGAGCCGCCCUGGUUACCGGAAUCGGAGCGAGAAGCCACCAUGGAUUGGGUUCGGAGAUAUGAGGAAGAAAUCGGUCGAGGUGAAGUGGCAGAAGCCCUCACCACGGCGAUGCUGGGAACACAGAUGGGUCCGCCCCUUUUUCAUUCGAAAUAUUUCCCACGGGUACUACUAGUGUGGCUGUCCAAGAUGAUGCUCGGGGGUGAACAAUCCGCGAAUAGGAAGAGCAAGAAGGGUAAUCCCCCCCGUGAAGACUCGAUGACUCCUCCAUCAUUUCAGGAACUCGCUUCAACGCUUCAAAACGAUUUCAAGGUGGGAGCAGAGAUGUUCGGAGAACAAAACCUGGAGACACUCGCCGCCGUCAAGACCGAAACUCUGGUUUUAGGCGGAAGCCGAAGUCCGGCAUAUUUGAGGCGUGCCGUUCGAGAGCUGGAGAAGGUCAUACCCCAUGCAAGGCGCGUGGAACUCGAAGGUGUUAGUCAUGUGGUGACAUGCAAUAAGGCACAAGGCGGAAAACCGGAAAUUAUUGCACGGGAACUGCAGCACUUUUUCCUUCUGGGAAAUCACGCGAAGGCACCGAAAUCGAACUGA